AUGAAAUAUUUUUACAAUCUAUUUAUUUAUUAUAUUAUUUUUAAUUGUCUUUUUAUAAAUGGUUUAAAAAUUUAUAAUAUUAGCUUAGAAACGAAACCAAGAGAUAGAUGGGUGGCAAUUGUUAAUGAUUAUAAAGAUGAAAUUAUUAAUCUUAUAAAAAAAACAUCAAAAGUAAUUCUUCCAGUAAUAUUUCCAUCAUCAUCAUUAGAAUUAGAUUCUAAGGUUAAUGAUAAUGUUCAUUUUAAUUUAAUUGAGUUACUUAUAUUUUCAAAGUUACCAUUUCGUUAUCGUGAGGAGAUUUAUGGAAUAGCACAUCAUCUCAAUACAACUGUUGGUGAAAUUUUAAUAUUAAAUAUUUUUUAUGAUUUAAUUGCUAGUGAAAAUAUGAAUAAAUUAAUACCUUUUGUGUCAUCAUCAAUUAUUCUCCAUGACAAUAAAACUUUUAUAUACCAUGGAUAUAAGAUUAACUAUCUUUUUAAAGAUUUAAUAAAAAAUAUGACAUUUAUUGUAAAUUUUUAUCAAAAUGGUAAUAUACUUUUUACAUCUCAUCAUUAUGGUGGAUUUAUUGGUAUUGUUAAUGGUGUUAAGAUAAAUAAAUUUACAAUUUCACUUAACUCAAGAUGUAAAGGAAAUUACUUAGAUAAUAUAAAAUUCAUAUUAUAUCAUCAAUUCAAUUCUAUUCCAUUAACAAUAAGAGCAACCCUUGAAUUUGAAAAUACUUUUGAAGAUGCGAUGCUUGUAUUAUCAGAGACACCAUAUGUUGCACCAGCAUCAAUUACAAUAACAGGAACAAAGUGCCAGCAAGGAAUAAUUGUGACAACAGACCGCUAUAAAACUUUGUCAAUAAGAUAUAUAAAUGAAACUAUAGAUAACUUUAUUCUAUCAAAUGAGGAAGAAAAUUCUUCACAAACUAAAAUAAUCCUGUCAGAAAUCAAUUACCAAAUGAUGAAUCAUUCAACUAAACAAAAUUUUGGAUAUAUUUUAGAUAGGAUACUGAAAAAUAACUAUACUUUUAAUUACAAUAGUUCAAAUAUAUUUCAAACAAUAAUGUCAACUAAUUUUCCUAGUUAUAUUUAUAAUUAUUCAAGAUUUAUAAGACAAGAUGAUUAA